AUGGCCAUUGGUGAUUCAUCUGCUGCAGCCACACGCGCUGCUGAACCGCCCGCUGUUGGUCUGCCUGCUGCGCCAUGCCCUGCUGCGCCAUGCCCUGCUGCGCCAUGCCCUGCUGCGCCAUGCCCUGCUGCGCCAUGCCCUGCUGCGCCAUGCCCUGCUGUCCCCCCUGCUGCUGCCCUGCCUGCCACAUCCAAUCUGCCUGCUGCUGCCAUGCCUGCUGCUGCCCAGCAUGCUGCUGCCCCGCUUCCUGCUGCCCUGCUGGCUGCUGUCCUGGCUGCUGUCCUGUCUGCUGACCUGUCUGCUGCCCUGCCUGCUGCCCUGCCUGCUGCCCUGCCUAUUGCCCUGCCUGCUGCCCUGCCUGCUGCCCUGCCUGCUGCCCCGCCUGCUGCCCAUGCUGCUGCCCUGUCUGCUGCUGCCCCGCCUGCUGCCCCUGCCGCUGCCCACGUAUCUGUUGCUGCCGUCUCUGUUGUUGACCUCUUUGCUUUUGCCGUCUUUGCGGCUCUCCUUCCCCUUGAGUUUCACGUCGCCGGAUUCUUUGAGACGGGCCACCAGACAUACUUCUCUCAGUAG